AUGGGUUGUAAAUCAGGGCAUUUUAUUAUUUGGUAUGUCAAGGAUAUUAAAGAGAAGUUUAUUUUCUUUGUGAUUUCAAGAGAAAUAAGGAAAAUAUCAGAAGGAAGCGAAGCCAAUCGUGAUGUAAUUGAUAGAGUAAAUGAACGUUUAGCCAGACGCAGAAAGGAGCGUGAAGAAAAACGCAUGCUAGAAACAGAAUCAGACGCUCCGGCAGAAGAAGAAACUUCGAGUCGUAGAAGUCGCAGACGACAAUCCGAGGACGAAAAGCCAGCAGAGGAAUCAGCUCGCUCACGACGCCGUAGACAACAAGAAGAGGAAGCCCCCGCUGCAGAAGAGGAAGCUCCCGCAGAAGCAGAAGAGGACGAUUCCGGCGCUCGUGAAGCCGAGGAGAGACGAAGACAACAGGACGAAGAGGAAGAAGAAGAGCGUCGUCAAGCAGCUGAAGAGCGUCGUCGUCAAGAGGACGAACGCAGACGUCAAAAAGAAGAAGAAGAACGUGAAGCAGAGGAAGAAAGACGCAGACAAGAAGAAUGUGCAUUUUUUGACCUAAUUUAUGGUUGUGAUGAGACUGAGAGCGCACCUAAAAACCAACUAGAUUCUGAGAUUAUAGAGAAAUAUGAAACGUUAGACAAGACGAUUGCUAAACGUCGUAACACGCUGGUUCAGGAAGGAAGUAUAGAGAUAUCAUCUGAUAAUAGUUUUAGCUAUCAGGCUGAUACGGAGGGACAUUGCAUGGACACGGACACUGCCGAUCUGACAGAAAAUGAAGCAUUUGAAUAUCCACGUGCGAAGGUUUCGCGAAUUUUAACCAACGUGCGUAAAAUUCCACAGUCUGUUUGUACAUCAGAUACAGAAAGUUACGAUUUAGAUAAACACGAAAAAAGAUAUACACGGAAAGUGAAAAGUCCACAUUCGGAAAAUGGCCGAGAAACUCCAAUGAUGUUUUAUUCGGAUUCAGAAAACACGGACACGAUGGAGGAACUUGAAUUCGAUCAAACAUAUACGGAGAAAACUUUCCAAAAUCGUAGAGAAGCAGAAGACAAACCUGUGUCUGCUUCCGUCAAGCCAGAAGGUGUGGACGUUGAUGAUAUUUCGGAAGGAAGUAGUGUUUUUAUUCAUGAGGAAGAAUCCACAAGUUCAGAAUUGAACAACAAUGUUACAAAGACACCAACACAAUCAAAAACUGAACUGCUGAAAGUUGAAUCAGAGUGUCCAGUGCCUCGUUUGGAUUUAGACAUGGACAGUAAAUCGAAGAGUUCCUCUGAGAGCGACAGUGGACCACAGUUAGCUCUUGGUGAAGGUAUCGGUAGCCGUAUGAAAUCCGUUCAAAAUCUCUUAGAACUAGAUUUCAAUGAUGGAAGGACGAAUUCAGAAAGUACGUAUGAGUCUGAUUCUCUGAGCAGAAAGGGCAGUAACUCUUCUAAUGAGAAUAGACCUAACCAAGAUUCAGAAGACGCCUUAAGCAGAAAGGGCAGUAACUCUUCCGGUGAGAAUAAAUCAAACCACGAUGCAGCAGACGCCUUAAGCAGAAAGGGCAGUAACUCUUCCGGUGAGAAUAAAUCAAACCACGAUGCAGCAGACGCCUUAAGCAGAAAGGGCAGUAACUCUUCCGGUGAGAAUAAAACAAACCAAGAUGCAGCACGUUCUUUGAUCAGACAAGGUAGUAGUUCUUCCAUUGGAACAAAACUAAAUUCCAAAAUUUCGUCAAUUUAUUCAGAUUACAGAACUGAUUACUGUGAAAGAUCUCCACGCUCAAACCAAAAACAGUCACAGCCGCCAAAAACAGCUCCUAAGCCCAAGCAAGCACCAAAACCAGCUCCUAAACCCCGAAAACACUUUCAAGUACCAGACAGCUCCUGUUCUAGUCCAAGAGGUAAUCUCUCUCCACGAAAAAAUGGGGGUUAUGUUCCAGCAUUGGUUACCAAGGAAACCAUCCAAGCAACCAAUAUGUGUAAAUAUUCUCCACGGAAACAGAUAGAUAAGUGGAAAAUGCCAGUGUCUGAAUCGCAAACCACGAAAAAAUCUGGUACUUUGAGCAGCAGUAAGAUCAAUAAAAUUCGCGAACAGUUAACUCAGAGUGACAUCAAGCUAUCACCACGGCCACGACCUUUGUCAGCUGACCGGGGACGAACUUUUAUAGAAAUGAAGGCAAGGGAGGAAGAGAAGAAGCGGAAAGAAGCAGAAGAAAAGAAAAAUAAGAUGAACAACUCUGUUUUGGCUUUGAUUGCAGACCGUAAGAAAUAUUUCAACAAUGGUACUUCUUAUAAAAGUUUUGAAGACCAUUCUCUUAGACAUUCUGUGGACAAUUCAAAGAAAGAUUAUUGUCACAAACGAGAUGAAUCUCAAAGACAAUCAAAACAUAAUUCCAACACAAUUAAGGACAAUUCCUUAUGUGAAUCUUUUAAAAAUUCUAAAAAAACGUAUUCCAAACAAAGCAAUGGAACUCGGGAUCCAUCAAAAAGUUCCAAUGAUAUUGGAAUGGAAGACAAUUCCUUACGUGACUCUGUAGACAAUUCGAAAAGAGUUUCUAGUCAAAAAAGGGAAGAUCUUCCCAAAUAUUUACAAUCUGAUUUAAAGUCUUCAGAAAUAUUAAAAGUGAAGUCCACAGGAACUAAUCCUCAUGAACCGAGAACAAUCUUGUCACCAAGAAUCUCCUCUCCUAGAGUGUCAGGUUUACGUUCUGAUCGCAGUGAACCAAUUGUCUCCCCUCGUGGUGUUCCAUUAAGAGCUGUUCAUAAUGAAAUUAGUGAUAAAAGAUUCAAAGACAUACCUUCGCCUCGACAAUCGCGAUCUCAAUACCGUAGUCAUGGAGACAGUAUUAGAGAGGAGCUAAGAUCUCGACAUAACGUUGUAGAUAUUAAAGGAUGGAGAGAGUUUAAAAGUGAAUAUGGAAAUUACCGUCGAGUUUCUCGUGUAGAAUUUAGCUCAGAUUCUGAAAGCGAGAAGCCUGAAAAAUCAAAUUUACGAAAAUCUGGAAAAACUUCAAAAAGUAACGAUUCAAAAUCCAGCUUAUCGUUGUCAGGUGACCAGUCUCUAAUGAAAAAAAUCAGCUCUUUUCAAAAUAGGAUUAUAGAAAUAGAUCUGGAUAAUAGUAAACACAAUUCACCCAAUCAGAGUCGAAGCUUUUUGUCCGAAUCAUCCAGUCCUUACAGUCCUAGAUAUCGUUCCAGUUCCCAUGAUGGUCGAAUCUCGUACCUCAAAAAUAAACUUGAAACAAGUUUCGAAUCCGCUAAUACAAAACCAUCUUCGUCAAGAAACAGUUCAUCUCAAAGGGCAGAUAAUUCUAAAAGUGAUCUUGAUUAUCUAGACUCAACAUAUAUAAAACCAGUGAGAGAUAACUCUGCUUCACGUAGAAAUCGACUGUAUACAUCUACUGAUUAUCUCACGUCCAAUCAGAAGGAAGGGAUUGAUUCGAGUGAGAGACAGAAGAGGAUUGAUAUUAAAGGAAUUAAUAGAAGACUAAACUCUGUCAAUGUAAGUCAUUAUUAUUAUAUAUUUCUGUAA